AAAAUUGUCAGUUUUUGAAUAUAAGACUUUACAGUCAAUUUGUUCUCGUGAGUGUUGAUAACUGGUGUCAUGAUUUCAUUCUGUGGAUGAAUUUUCGUAGUGUCCGGUAACUGCCUUAAAAUAUUUAAUUAUGUGGCUUGAAAAAGCCAUAUCCGUUUAUAAUAAACAACCUUGUAUUUAUAUUAAAAUUACAACACAGUCUAAAUACAAUGGUCAAAAAUUGAAAAAUUCCAAAAACUACUUAUUUUUAUUUGCUAAAAGUCUUCAUCUGCAUAGUAUCGAGCAGAAGAUUUUGAUUAAUAUUGGUGAAACUAUAUCGUUUUGUCAGUGUUCUUGCAUACACGUUCAAACCUUUAGGACUCGAUAACUUUAAUGAUCCCUACAACAUAAGUCGCAGAAUAAAUUUUUGUCUAGUGAAUAAUUAUUUUUAAUGGUAUAUUGACCUGAAUUUGUGUUUUUUACUCAAAUUAAUUAGUAGUUUUCUGAUGCUCAUCAUUUUCUGACUAACCAAAAAUAGCAAAUUAUUUUGACAUGAAGUUACUAAAGUUGUGCUGCUCAACCUGUAUGUUUCCUCCAUGGUUGUAUAUACAACGCCUUUACACGUCUUUGAGAUUCCUUGUUUCAGCUGCAUAAGUGUUUGACGCAAAUUUCCGUUUUGUACACAGAAAGUAGAGCAUUUUACCUGUUUCCCUCUUAUUCUCAAUAUUUAUUUCUAAGGAAUUGGAAGUUAAAACUAGUAACGUAGGUUGGAGAUUAUGCCCAACAAGUCAGCGAACCCGUAUAAUUUGGUCUUCUGAAAUAAACACUACACGAUGUUAGACUAUCAAAAUGAAGACAUAAUAUCGAUCCAGGCCAACUGUCUUGAUGUUGCUAAAUAUCUGAAAAAUCAUGGCAUUUCCGAUUCAAUCAUUGAUAUUUUCACUAAGAACACAAUCGAUGGAUUGUCAUUUUGUCUGUUAACGGAGAAAGACUUAUGUGAAAUGGACAUCAAAGAGGUUGGUCUUAGAAAACGUAUCAUGUAUUUAUGUUGCUUCUGGCGUCACCAAAUUGAAAAUCAUAAUUAUGGAGAAUAUACUUUCCCAAGAUUACCAAGUGAGAAUUCUGUAGUUGAUCUGCUAUGCUGCCAUAAUCCUAAAUUGGAUAAUAUGGAACAAGAUGUAUCCAGAAUAAAUGGAAAUGAUAAUGUGGAGUGUAUAGCAGACAGUACUUUUUUAAAUGAUUACGAUUACGGAAUAGAUGAAGACAAUACAAAUUUCUUCAAAUUUAUAACCAGUUGUUUAUAUUUCAUUUUUGCUACAUUUGUUACAGCAUUUGUUAUAGUUUCGGUCCAUGAACGUUUACCUGUUACAUCGAAAUAUCCUCCGUUACCAGAUAUUUUUCUAGAUAAUCUUCCUCAUAUCAGUUGGGGGUUUAUUGCAGCAGAAGUGGUUAUCAUUGUACUGUUUAUGAUUUGGCUGACUAUUUUAUUUCUACAUAAAUAUCGGUGGAUACUUUUACGUCGUUUUUUUGUGCUUAUGGGCACGAUAUUUUUAUUAAGAUCAAUUACUAUGUCGAUAACUUCACUAAGUGUCCCUGGAGUGCAUUUAACAGAUCAAUGUAGCCCAUAUAUAAUAAAAAAUUAUACAGAACGCUUCAAACGUGCAUUAGAAAUAUGGAUAGGUUGUGGUUUAUACAUUACAGGAUUACGAACUUGUGGUGAUUAUCUAUUUAGUGGUCAUACAACAUGUCUUACUCUUCUUAACUUUUUCAUUAGUGAAUAUUCACCACGAAGAUUUUAUCUUUUGCAUACAUUUACAUGGGUUCUGAAUCUUUUCGGUGUAUUUUUCAUACUUGCUUGUCAUGAACAUUAUUCUAUUGAUGUAUUCAUUGCUAUAUAUAUUUCAUCAAGAUUAUUUCUAUACUAUCAUUGCCUUGCUAAUAAUAAUUUAUUACAUCAACCAAAUAAUGAACGUUUAAGAAUAUGGUUCCCAUUAUUUUCAUUUUUUGAACAUGAUGUACGAUCAGUUGUACCGAACGUAUAUGAAAUACCCUUUAAAGAUUAUUACAACGAUAAAUUUAAUCGCAAUAACAAUAAUAAUAACGGGAGCAGAAGCAGCGGCAGUAGUAUCCAUACCAAUGGUAACAGUAGUUGUAGCAGUAAUGCAACUGGUAAUUACAAUCAAAAUUACGGUAAAAGACAAUUGAAUAAUGUUCGUCAUAAAUCUGCACGUUGUCUGCUACAUACCUAUCAUAAUACUAAUAAUCAUGAGUAUUCAACUUGCAAUCAUAUAACACAAACAUUAGGAAAUACAUUCAUUACAAAACGUUGUGAGAUUUUUAGUAAAAAAGAAUCUUAGUGAUAUUUUUUUUAUUUCCAAUACUUCUCAACUUUUACAUAAUUAUUUGAAAAUUUUAUCAUUUUCUUAUGAAAAUAUUUUACUGUGAUGAACAAUGAGUGAGUGCAUUGUGUCAGGUAUUUCAAAAUUAGUUAUCUUUUGUUUAACAAGUAAUUUGUAAACAUGUGAUGUACCCA